GACGUCACCGGCUCUCGACCCAGUUCAGUUAGUCUCUUGGAGGAGCAGGAGGCGCAGUCUAUGUCGGCAGUUACUCUGAAAUAAACACCUCUGGACGGUCUAUAACGACAAAAAGGAAAAGAUUGUUCUUGCAGCAGAGUGAGCCUUCCCCCACACCAUGUCCCAGGACAAGAGUGGAUACCCCGUUAUGGGUGAGACUAACCCACUCCAUAACAACGUCUAUGGACCCCCUCAGCCAGGUUUUGGCGUGCCCCCUCCUAACUACAGCCAGGCCCCUGGGGGACCCUACCCACCAGCAGCCGGCUACGGGCAGCCGGGCUUCCCCCAGGCAGGCCCAGGUUUCGUCCCUGGUCCGUACCCGCAGAUGCCUUACCCUCAGAUGCCCUACCCACAGGGACCCUACCCUCAGGGGCCUUAUCAGCAAGGAACCACGCAGCCAGGCUUUCCUGGAGACCCCAUUGCACCUGCAGGCAGUCCUGGUUACCAUGGUGAUGGGCCUCCAUCUUACUACGACAAUGAUGAGUUCACCAACUCCGGCUUUGAGGACAAGAGUAUCCGACAAGCCUUCAUCAGAAAAGUCUUCUUGGUUCUCACAGUGCAGCUGAUGGUCACUUUCUCCUUUGUUGCGGUCUUCACCUUUGUCGAUGAUGCCAAGAAAUUUGUGCGACAUAAUCCAUGGACAUACUACGUGUCCUACGCCGUUUUCUUUGUGGCUCUGAUUGUCCUCAGCUGCUGUGGAGACUUCCGCCGUAAGCACCCCUGGAACCUGGUUGCACUGUCCAUCCUGACCCUGAGUCUCUCCUACAUGGUGGGAAUGAUAGCCAGCUUCUACGACACAGAGACUGUCAUCAUGGCUGUGGGCAUCACUGCUGUGGUCUGCUUCACUGUCGUCCUCUUCUCACUACAGAGCAAGUAUGACUUCACUUCCUGUCGGGGCGUACUGUUUGUUUGCCUGAUCGUGCUGUUGCUCUUCUCCAUCCUCUGCAUCUUCAUCCGCCACAGGAUCUUGCACAUCGUCUAUGCCUCACUGGGGGCCCUUCUGUUUACCUGCUUUUUGGCUGUGGACACUCAGCUCCUCCUAGGCAACAAGAAGCUGGCUCUGAGUCCAGAGGAGUAUAUUUUUGCUGCCCUCAACCUCUACACUGACAUCAUCAACAUUUUCCUCUACAUCCUGGCUAUUGUGGGACGCUCCCGUGAAUAAAGCUGCACCUUAGCGAUAACAGAAGGGAGAUGGAGAAUGCCUCCCUUCAUUGUGAAACGUUGCUAACAUUGCCCGUUACCUCUGAUUCCUUCAACUUUUUCUUCACUUUUUUUUUUUUUACCCCCCAUAAUACUCUUUGUAUCCUCUCCUAUCAUACACGCAGUUCAACUUUUAAACAGAUAGUAGGGCUGUGGAUGUCAUUAAAAAAAGCAGCUGAGAGCAUCAUGAUCUGUCUCUCUUUUCCUCAACUUUGAACACUGCUUGCACUAACUGUCAUCUGCUUCUACUAACACAGAUGUCUACAUUAUCUAAAAAAAACCCAACUUCCAGUUUGGCUUGUCACGUAUAGUAGAAAUCAUGUUAUCCUGUGGGUGCUUGGCACUCAGCCGUGCCUUGCCACAGAGAUUAAAACAGAAAAGAGAGAGCGAGGAAAGGUAUCAGUAGCGCUUAAUAUUGAAGCCGACCAGAUUUGCCUGAAGAGAAGAAGUUAGUGCUAGAAAUACCCUCCACCUUCAAUCUGUCUGUUUUCUCAAACUUAACUCUCCCUUUCAGCCUGCUCGUGUAACUCUGCAUGGCAACAACGGAAACAUAACUUAACAUGUGUUAUGAUUCUCUAGAGCUACCAGAGGAAUAUCUCGAGCUUGCUUGUCACAGCUGUAAAUAAUACGUGUAUUACUGUAUAUGAUGCCAAUACUCCCUCUCCUCUGCCUCUGGAAAGGCAUGCUGGACUGAUUCAUAUGGAUGUACUGCUUGAUGCUCUGACAUCAGAACGCUUUUACCCAGUACAAUAACUUCUAAUGGCAUAAGGAUGAAGAUGUACAUGACACAUAAAUUAAUAUUUAUAAACUCUAUAUAUUCUCAUGGAAUGUUGUUUGAAAAGGAAGAAAAAGUAUGUUCUUAAUUAUUUGUAUGAUUUUAAAGCUGAUAUGUUCCCUUCUCUUCUCUUUUUUUUCUUUACAGUCCUCACUAAUUUCCUCUCGUCUCGUCAUUAACGUGAAGUGAUAAUUUAGUGCUUUAUUUUUAUUUUUUGUUCUCAUUAUAACUAAUGUGAAAUAUUUAAGUUUUGGAAUUUCGCACCACUUUUAUACCAAGCUGAUUUAAGUUUGACAACUUUAUUCUAAAUUUUAAAGUAACUCUUAUGAAGUAGAUGGGAACCAGGUCUGGACUUGAAGGAAAUGAUACACAAUAACACAAUAACAAUCUAUUUAUUGAGCUUGAUGUAGAUAACAGGGUUGCUUUGAAGCUGGUGCUAAUGAUAACAAACGCAGACUGGAGAUGUAUAGACUUAAUUACUGAACCCAUAAGAUAUUGGUGGCAAAGGAGUCAUGCACUGGAAGCCAAAAUACUCUUACACACACACACAACUUGAAUGAUAUAUUUAACAUGUACAACAUUUUUUAUUCUGUGUCUUGUUUUGAUUUUUCACCUUUUGCAUGACCCUCUACUCACAUUUGCAUGUGCUGAUAAUGCACACUGUACAGGUAUUCUUGUUUUGGAGGGACACAGUGUUGUUUGGCAGCCCUGUUAGAAUUUUUUUUUUUUAACUCGUGUGUUUGUAUCUAACUUACGUGCAAGUGUAUAUAGAACUCCUUAGUGGUUUGAUGUGUAUAGAUGAAGUAAUUUGGGGCUUUGUAGGUCUGUUUGCAUUGUAUAUUUGCAUUAAAUUUAAAGUGGAACCACAUUCCUCUACACUGCUGUUCGCUUUUCAUUAAAACAAAUACAAUGUAAA